AUGGCUCCAUCCAAGAAGGUUAACCCAGCCCCUCUAUCUACCAAGUCUGCAAAGUCUUUCCAUGCCAAAAACCCAUUGGCCGUUUCGGAACCAAGGAAAUAUGGUAUUGGUCAAUCCAUCCAGCCAAAGAGAAACUUGUCCAGAUAUGUCAGAUGGCCAGAAUAUGUCAAGUUGCAAAGACAAAAGAAGAUCUUGUCCAUCAGAUUGAAGGUCCCACCUUCCAUCGCUCAAUUCCAAUACACUUUGGACAGAAACACCGCUGCUGAAACCUUCAAGUUGUUCAACAAGUACAGACCUGAAACCGCUUCCGAAAAGAAGGAGAGAUUGACCAAGGAAGCCGCCGCCAUCGCCGAAGGCAAGACCAAGCAGGAAGCCUCUCCAAAGCCAUACGUUGUCAAGUUUGGUUUGAACCACGUUGUCUCCUUGGUUGAAAACAAGAAAGCCAAGUUGGUCCUUAUCGCCAACGACGUUGACCCCAUCGAAUUGGUCGUCUUCUUGCCUGCUUUGUGUAAGAAGAUGGGUGUUCCAUACGCCAUCGUCAAGGGUAAGGCCAGAUUGGGUACCUUGGUUAACCAGAAGACUUCCGCGGUCGCCGCCUUGACCGAGGUCAGAGAGGGCGACGAAGCCGCCUUGGCCAAGUUGAUCUCCACCGUUAACGCCAACUACAUGGAGAAGUACGACGAAACCAAGAAGCACUGGGGUGGUGGUAUCAUGGGCGCUAAGGCUCAAGCCAGAUUGGCCAAGAGAACCAGAGCCUCCGAGGCCGCAUAA